AAAAAUAUAUAUUCUGUAAUAUGAAUGAUGCAAGCGAUAUUAUGGAAGACUUGUAAAAAAAACUGAAGUGAAAAAGAAGGUGGAACAAAGUCGGAACUAUAAUAAUUAUGUCUGUCAGCGCUCUGGAACAGUAUGUCAUCACUGUGAGAACUCUUUCUGAGCAGGGAAACUUUGCUCAAUUGUGUGAUUUCAUCAGCAAAAGUGUUGAAACACUCGGCAAAAAUGAAGGGCCCCUGAACAAUGUUUUGGCAACUCUGGAUGUUCAACAGUACUCACUGGGUGUUCUAGGCAUUCUUUGUGUAAAGUACAGUAUGCCAAAUAUUGCUGAUUUUGAAACCCUGUUUGUACAGACACAAGAGUUCAUUCUCUCAUGUAAUGGGGAACAUGUACGAUACGCCACUGACAGUUAUGCAGACUUAUGCCAUAAAUUUACACACAAUCUUGUGGAAAGAAAACAGCCAAACAGGGGAAUUCCUAUACUAGUGAUGGCGAUAAACAAGAUUCAGUUGUUUCCUGCCCAGCUUACCUCAAUACAUGCAGACCUGUGUCAGUUGUGCUUGUUAUCAAAGAACCUUAAGCCAGCCUUGCAGUUUAUGAAUGUGGAUAUUACAGAUAUCAGCAAGGAGGGUGACCAUUACGAUGCCAAGGAUUUCUUGUCCUAUUACUACUAUGGAGGAAUGAUCUACACUGCUCUAAAGCAGUUUGAAAGAGCUCUCUACUUCCUAGAAAUUGUGAUAACAUGUCCCAGUAUGGCUGUGAGUCAUAUCAUGUUGGAAGCCUACAAGAAGUUCAUCCUUGUGGCACUGAUACUGCAUGGCAAGUUACCAGCUCUACCAAAAUAUACGUCGCAAGUAGUUGCAAGAUACAUAAAGCCUGUGUGCCAGCCCUACCAUGAUCUGGUGACAGGGUAUUCCACAAACAACCCAGAGGAACUGCAGAAAGUCAUUGACAAACACCAGGAAACAUUCAUGAGGGACACAAACAUCGGUCUGGUAAAGCAGUGUCUCACAUCCCUUUAUAAGAAGAACAUACAGAGGCUCACCAAGACCUUCCUCACAUUAUCUUUGACGGAUAUGGCCAACAGAGUGAAGCUCUCUGGUCCCAAGGAGGCUGAGAAAUACGUUCUACACAUGAUUGAGGACGGUGAGAUAUAUGCUACCAUCAACCAAAAAGAUGGCAUGGUGAGGUUCCAAGACAACCCUGAGAAAUACAACAGCAGCAGAAUGUUGCUUCAGUUGGAUUUAGAGCUUCAAAAAUGUAUUCAACUCGACUCAAAAUUAAGAGAAAUGGACAACGAAAUAGCUGUCAACCCACAGUAUGUUCAAAAGAGUUCCGGUCUGCAUGAUGACGAUAUACCUGGAAGUUCCAAGAUGCAGAGUUACUAAGGACAUUGGAAUUCUAUAAAUCAUAUUAACUGACACAUUUGUGGCUGUGAUGUAUAGGAACUUGCAAGUGAAACAUAAAGUUGGGCCCUGAGGUCUCAAUAAUGCUUAAUAAGAAUAAUAUGUGAGCAAGUUUUCCACAAGUGCUUACUUGAUUUUACUGAAGUAUUGCUAUAAUUCUUGCAUAAAGUACUUGAAACUUUCUAAUAAUUAUACAUUCUCUGAUGCAGAUUCCGAUUUAGUUAAUCUCAGAGUAUUGAAAUAAAAAAAAUACGUUUUGAUUGAAUUUUAUUAAAGACAUUGCACCUAA